AUGCGACCUGGACGUCGCACUUGGCAGCUCCUAACGAUCCUUGCAGCUCUUUCCACUCCCGACUUCGCUCCAUCAGGUCCGCACUCCUUCGCCGUUGCCUUCGCCGCCAUCGUGUCGACCGUCUCUGCCGCCAGCAGCAGCGGCUCGUACGCCGACUGCUCCUCGUCGGUGCUCUCGGCGCUGCUGACGGACCAGUACAUCGACCAGUGCGCCACCGACUCGGGCUACGCCACGAUCGACAAGAUGUGCGCUUCCUCCGCCUGCCAGAACCUGCUCGCGGACGUGAAGGCCAUGGACCUUUCGGAGUGUGUCAUCCCCGUGGGCGACAACAUCCUGCUGCUGGCCGACCUAGUGGACUACGUGCCUGAGCACUGCCCAUCGUCCUCCUCGGGAUCGACCACGAGCAGCACGUCGACAGCCACGACUGCCCCCACGACUACCACUACGACGUCGUCUGCUAGCAGCAGCACCACUGCCACGGAGACCCCUUCGACGACGACGGCUACUACCUCGAGCACCAGCUCGACGGCGACCUCGACUACCAGCACGACUGCUGCUACUUCGUGCUAA